GAUGUGUUCAGGGUACCUUCUCGGAGGUCACGUGCGCGCAGUCUUCACCCUCAUCACUGUCAUUUUCGUCGUGUGCGUCUGCUACACAGUGACCAGCUUCCGGGAAAUGCCGCUGGCGGCGCUCGAAGCGAGAGCGGACGGGACCGCAGAUUUUGGCGAAGGAGCGAACAAUUAUGGCGAAGGCGAAGACAUCGCGGGUUCUGGCGGAGGAGCGAACUAUGGCGCCAUCCUGAACACCGAAGUCCUUGAAUCACCGGAUGGCGCUGCUUUGAAUUCUGCCACAUACGAUACCAAAUCGAGGGAAAACAUCACUGCCGAUCCAAACGCUUCCUUGCUUCUCUACCUACAAAGCAUCAUCUACAUGCCUCACUCCAUAAGGAUGUUGUGUUUGACGAACCUAUUCUGCUGGAUGGCUCACGUAUGUUAUUCCUUGUAUUUCACGGAUUUCGUGGGAGAGGCGGUAUUCAACGGAAAUCCAACGGCCAUAGAGGGAAGUAUCGAACGGGAACUAUACGAGUCAGGAGUCAGAUUCGGAUGCUGGGGGAUGUCCAUGUAUUCCCUUUCCUGUGCCUGUUACUCGAUGAUGAUCGAAAACUGCAUCUUCAGAUUUGGUGCCAAAAAGGUGUAUGUCGGUGGCCUUCUGGUGUAUUCGACAGGAAUGCUACUGAUGGCAAUCACUAAACACAAAGUGGGAGUAAUUCUCUUCAGUUGGACUGCUGGCGUCAUGUAUUCGACCCUCUUCACCAUGCCGUACUUGAUAGUGGCCCAUUACCAUGCUAGAGGAACAUUCGAGACUACCAGUGAGGGGGAAGAAAAACUAUCCACGCAACUUCGAGGGCUAGGCACUGACGUCGCUAUAGUCUCCAGCAUGGUGUUUCUGGCCCAGUUCAUCCUGUCCCUGUGCAUGGGUACUAUCGUGAGCGUGACUGGUACUACCACGGCAGUCGUCAGCGUGGCCAGUACCCUGGCGUUUUUCGGUGCCAUAUCUGCCACACAAGUGAUGUAUUUGGAUUUGUAA